AUGGUGAAAAACUCAUUAGCCUUUGAAGCAGAAACUUUUCGUAAAAUUCAACCUCAGGAAUAUUUACGUAGAUUUAUUCAAGGACAUAUUAGACCCGAUGGAAGAUCAUUAAGCCAAUUUCGCCCAACCACGGUUAAUCAAAGUUGUAUAACGACUACAAACGGAUCUUCUAUGGUCAGGAUAGGGAAUACUACCGUCGUUUGUGGUAUAAAAGCUGAAGUGGCCACACCUAAAUUUAAUACACCUCUAGAAGGAUACUUAGUUCCGAACAUCGAUCUCUCACCUAUUUGUUCUCCAAAGUUUAAACCUGGGCCACCGGGUGAACUGGCCCAAGUGUUAAGUGAAAAUUUGAAUAAUCUACUAAAAAG